AUGACGUCUGAUUUAAAUGUCGAGGCUUGGCGUUGCACAAUGUUAACUCCUCAAAUAUCUCAAGUUGUCUUAGUCGACAACAAUCAUUUUAUGAAUUAUCUCAACAGAAUAUGUUCAUUUAUGCUUAAUUCAUGUUUGAACUCAAUUGAUAUUAAUCAAUCGUUUAUUGAUAAAGUAUCUUGUAAUUCGGUCCAAAGAUUUAUUAGUUAUGAUCAAUGUCAAUCCUUACCUAUUUUGAAAAUACAUUCAACAAGUGAAUGUUCAUCAUCAUUGUUUAAUCUACGUGCACAAUCUAAUGAAGAUUGUGAGAUUAACUCCAAUCACUUAAGUUUUAUUUUGCGAAAACGCAAUGAAAAAUUCCUGUUCGGUGUUUCAUCUGAUGAUCCACGUGUUAUUUUACCCGACAUUAUAUUAACCGCUCCAAAACAUGAAACAAAUGGUCCAAAACAUGAAUCAACAAAUCUAGGCAUGUCUUCUAUCUGA